GUGUGUUCAGGAGGGAUAUGCUCUGUCUGUGAGCUUUUAAAAAAAAAAAAUUAGAUGACUUUCAAGGUCGAACCGUGCAUCAUGACUUUUAAAUGACCGCCAUGCAACAACCACCGGUGUUAUAACACGACUCCACCCGGCAGCUGCACCACCACCACCGCUGCACUUCCCUCGCGUCCUCCAGGGAAAACCACCACCACCACCACCUGCCGACGCCUCUUGCACCAUAUGACCGUCUCAAAGAUGACAUGGCGUCCUCAGUACCGCAGCUCCAAGUUCCGCCACGUGUUUGGUAAGCCCGCCACCAAGGAGAGCUGCUAUGAUUGCGUGCCAAUCACACGAAGCGUCCAGGACAACAACUUCUGCGCCGUCAACCCACGUUUCCUGGCAGUCAUCACUGAGUGUGCCGGGGGAGGGGCCUUCCUGGUCCUGUCCGUCAAUCAUACAGGUAAAUUGGAUCCUCACCACCCCCGAGUAUCGGGCCACAGGGGCAACGUGUUGGACGUCAAAUGGAAUCCCUUCAACGACUAUUGCAUCGCCUCCUGCUCUGAGGACACCACGGUGAAAGUGUGGGAAAUCCCUCCUCAUGGCGUGCUGAAGAACCUCACAGCACCGUGGAAGGAGCUUCAGGGUCACAGCCGCAGAGUGGGCCUCAUUGAGUGGCACCCGACUGCUAACAACAUCCUCUUCAGUACGGCCUAUGACUACAAGGUGAUGAUCUGGAACCUGGACUGUCCAGAGCAGGUGAUAAAGAACCCCGUACGGACAAUCAGCCACCACACAGACGUCGUCCUCUCCAUGUCUUUCAACACGGACGGCAGCCUCUUCGCCUCCACAUGCAAGGACAAGAAGGUCCGAAUCAUAGAGCCACGCUCAGGAAACCUACUGCAGGAAGCCAACUGUAAGAACCACAAAGCCAGCAAGGUGCUGUUCCUGGGUAACAUGAAGAUGCUCUUCACAUCUGGCACUUCACGCUGGAACGACCGGCAGUUUGCUCUGUGGGAUCAGGAUGAUCUGUCUGUGCCUUUGUUGGAAGAGAACCUGGACGGUUCGUCAGGAGUCCUUUUCCCUUUCUACGACCCCGACACACACAUGCUCUACCUUGCUGGGAAGGGCGACGGAAAUAUGAGGUACUAUGAGAUCAGCUCGGAAAAACCGUAUAUCCACUACCUUACAGAGUACCGCUCGCACCUACCUCAGAAAGGAAUGGGCGUGAUGCCAAAGAGAGGUCUGGAUGUGAGCUCCUGUGAGGUAUGGUUCUACAAACUGGUGACAAUCAAGAGUCUCAUCGAGCCUCUUUCUAUGAUCGUGCCACGCAGGUCGGAGUCGUACCAAGAAGACCUCUAUCCAAUGACGGCUGGUAACAAGCCUGCUUUGUCUGCAGAGGAGUGGCUCAGCGGCAUCGAUAAAGGGCCGGUGCUGAUGUCUCUGAAGCCUGGAAGUCAAGUAGCAGAGUCGUAUUCAGAGAUGAGCAAAGGGCAGGGAAACACACUGGACACGCGACGCUCUCAGAGCAGACCAGGCAUGCUGCAGCUGGAUAACAUUCAGGACCGACUGGGAACCAAAGAGGACAGCGGCAAUACAGAGGACGACAGGAGUCGGACACCCGUCAGCAACGGAGAAGACUUCGGACUUUGCUCUACGCCCAGGACAGAGAAUGAGCUGCGUCUGAAGUUCCACAAGCAACAGGAGGAGAUCAGACGGUUGAGGGAGCUCCUCAACCAGAGGGACGUGCGCGUCAAACAGCUGGAGCUGGAGAUUAAGAACGUCAAAAACUCCCAGUCUCACCAGAGCUCACUUUAAGACUUGCCCGACCCACGGAGUCACUUUCACCCCCUCGUGGAACACGUGCAUUACUGUACAAACUUACUAACCCCAUCUUCAAACCACCUUCUUCAGGUCCUGACUCACCUCUUAUCCUUUAUUACUCACUGCACACGGGUGAUUUCAACCACAACUUUGUGUUUUCUUUUCAUUUGUGAGUUCCACACACGGUGCUCAUAUUCUUAGUUCAUGUACAUACACUCAAACACUGAGUCUCACCCAGCUGUAACACAGUUUAAAACUCUUUGCACCUGUUGACCUUUACCCCCUUUUCUUUUGUACGCUUCACAGCUAUGCAAGUUUAUUGUAAUUUUUAGCUUUUUUUAUGCUCUUUGUAGCUGACAGAUAAAAAAAAGGAUGUCUGUGCCUGUCUUGACUGAAUGAAGUGGCCGUCUGCGUGAUGUGAAAGCCGACGACCUGUGUGAUUGUUCGAUAACGCUGAAUUUAUUUUCUAUGCCUGGUGAUUGUUUUUUUUUCUUCCAAUAUUUAAACUACUGUAAGUGGAUAUGGCUGCGGUGUUUUAACGUGUGUGUGCUUGAAUGAGAGCGACCUAGAUGAAUGACAAUAUCAGGAUCCCAUGUGCUGUUGCGUUUCGCUAAAAGCUGUUUUUAUCUUUUAACUUUUGAAUGUCUGGAAUAUUGGUGACUAAUCGAUCAGUUUCACAGCAGCUAUAUUGUAAGCCAAUUCUGUAACUGAUGCCAUGUACCAGUUUUUAAUUUUUAUAUUUAUUUUAAAAUACAGUCAAAGGAAAAAAUACGAUUGAAUCGAGUACUUGAAUUCGCCAUCGUACUGUUGCAAAAUACAGCAUGCAAACUGUUUUUAAAACCUGCUACAAGCCUGCUAUCAUUUGUCCUGAUGAGGAGUCACUGUGAACGAGUUCAAAGCCAUUGUACAGCUGGAGUCCUGCACCACUUCUGGGAGAGUUUGUUCCACUAGCUUUCAGUUCUGAAUGUAUUUUCCUUUUAUUGCUCUCUGUAAAAACCUGAAACAUGA